GCUGGCGGGGAGGGUGGCUCUGGCCUGCGUGUCCGCAGACGGGCGUGGGGCUCCGCGCAUCACACUCCGUCUCUGCGGACCCAGCGCCCCAGCCCGGUAUUUGUGGUCUAUUUCGGGCUAAUUGUGUUGGGCUGUGACGGAGGGCAUCUAGACACCUCGGCAGCUGACUCCAUGUUGUCCCCGCCCGCCCUUCUGCGCGCUGGUUCUCGUCUUGCUGGGCAGAUUUAAAAAUUGCUGUUAUGACAAUGAGGCUUUUUCAUGACUUUAAGUUGAGCUACAAUGCCGCUGCAAUGGCGCCUUCCAGAACAGCACGUGCCCCGACCAGCGCGCACGCCUCUCCCGACACGCGCUCCCACGGGCGCGGGGCGGACUGGCCAGGAACAGAGCAGUGCCUGCGGUCAUUUAAAAGAAACACUUAUUGGGAAGGAAAUGCAGUUUCACAGGAGGCCACAGAGCCAGAGGGCACGGAGGUCCCUGCAGAUUUCCCAUCUGCACCGUCGCCGGCAGCUUACGUAACCCAGCCGUGGCUCGCCCUGCAAACCCCGCGCCGAGUUCCCUGGCGCUGGUCACACGGGCAGGUCCCCGUGGCCACCACGAGCUGGACUCAAGUCUGCUUCAGGAGGAAGGCUCCUGCUGCAGUGCCCCCACCCCGCCACCGGGACUCUGUUCUCCGACUCGGGGAUGCUGCCAUAUUAAGAAUGUUAUAUAAAUGGAAACACACUGUGUGUGACCUUUUGGGAUCAGCUUCAUUCGCUUGGCGUGAUGCCCCAGAGACCCAGCCCGGGCGUCGCCCGUGUCCACGCUUGCUUUUACAGCCGAGUGUCUCCCACAGUCUGGCAGGACCUUUGUGUCUCUGGCCGUUCAUCAACCGGACAAUUUUGUUGUUUCCGGCUUGCCCGUUCCUUCCAAGUGGAGCUGUCAGGACAACGGUGCACAGGUCCCCCGUGGACACAAGUCUCUGCGUCUCGGGGAUGAAUGCCCAGGAGUGGUGGCGGGGCUGUGUGGCCCGCGCAGGCUCUUCCGUGAGCCCAGCCCGCUGCUCUUGCCGGCGCUCCCACUGGCAGUGGCUCGUGAAGCCCUGGACACUUGGGGGCGAACGCUGUGCCUGCCUGCCGGCGGGCCCGCUUGCCGGGCAUCACCCGCACCUGGAGUCUGUGCUGUGGCACCAAGCGGCAGGUGGCCCGAGCCAGACUUCGCCUUCCCGCUUCUCCGGGUUUGUGUGCAGCCAUCAGCGGCGCAUUGGAUGGGAAAAUGUUGCUCUUCAGACUGAGAACCCACCGUGUUUGCGUGAGACUCGGUGACGUGAACGAGGCAGGAGUUUGAGGCCAUCAUCCUCGGAGGCCCACGGCCCCUGUGCGCGUGUCUGCACACCCGCGUGGGCGCCCACGGGAGAGCGUGCGGACACACGGUGCCCUGCCGGCCAGCAGCCUGAGGGGCGAUGGCCACACCUCAGAGGGGCACGGCCACACCUGGGGCACGGCUGCCUGCCGCCAGCGCUGGAAGGCUCAUGGUUCCCCACGUCUGCCCGGGGUGCAUAGGACGUCUGUCCAGGAGCUGCCCGGGCACGGGAGCCCAUGUGCCAGGUCCCCUCUGGGCGCUGGGCCCUCCUCUCUGUGCGGUCAGCCCAGGGUGGGUGCAAAUGCUGUCCGUGGGCCUCCCUGCCUGUCCAACGGGUCGGGCCAUCCUCAGGGUGAGCCUGGGUGUCGGGGACGGCAGGGCCCCUGCCUCACACUUGCAGGUGCAUGUGGCACAAGAGGGCUGUGUCCGUCACGCUGCACACACGUCUCUCCUGUAAACAACUUCUUGUUCACAAUGCAAGUGUUUGGAGGAGAGACCAGGACCCCCACGCGUUGUUGGUGGGAACGUAAGAUGCAGCGUUGCUUGGAAAACAGUUUGCAGGACCCCGAGAAGCGUUACAUACGCCGUGGCCGCGUGACCUUGCAGGCUUGCCGGGAGCCACACGCCAGAGAAGUGGAAGCCGCAUUCACACAAAGCCCGACAUGGACGUGCAGCCGCCUCCCCGGGGCCCAGAGCGGGGAGCGGCCCGAGCGGGUCCGUCCACCCAAAGGAAUAUCCCACAGUCACACUGGGAGCAAAGCACAGACACACUACCACAUGGUUGGGCCUUGAAGCCUGAUGCUCAGGAGAGAGGCCAGACCCCAGCACACACGUGGGCUGAUCCCAUCUGUGGGGAGUGCCCAGAAUAGGCAAAAGUCCACAAAGACUGAGAG